AUGGGAGACCUUAGGCUUUGGUCGCAGCAGAGAGAUGGGACACCUCAGGCCUUGGUCGCAGCAGAGAGAUGGGAGACCUCAGACUUUGGUCGCAGCAGAGGGAUGGGACACCUCAGGCCUUGGUCGCAGCAGAGAGAUGGGAGACCUCAGGCCUUGGUCGCAGCAGGGGGAUGGGAGACCUUAGGCUUUGGUCGCAGCAGAGGGAUGGGAGACCUUAGGCCUUGGUCGCAGCAGAGGGAUGGGAGACCUCAGGCCUUGGUCGCAGCAGAGAGAUGGGAGACCUUAGGCUUUGGUCGCCGCAGAGAGAUGGGAGACCUCAGACUUUGGUCGCAGCAGAGAGAUGGGACACCUCAGGCCUUGGUCGCAGCAGAGGGAUGGGAGACCUUAGGCUUUGGUCGCAGCAGAGAGAUGGGAGACCUCAGGCCUUGGUCGCAGCAGAGAGAUGGGAGACCUCAGACUUUGGUCGCAGCAGAGGGAUGGGACACCUCAGGCCUUGGUCGCAGCAGAGAGAUGGGAGACCUCAGACUUUGGUCGCAGCAGAGGGAUGGGACACCUCAGGCCUUGGUCGCAGCAGAGAGAUGGGAGACCUCAGGCCUUGGUCGCAGCAGGGGGAUGGGAGACCUUAGGCUUUGGUCGCAGCAGAGGGAUGGGAGACCUUAG